AUGGAGCAGGGCUCGGCGCAGGAAGCUGCUGCAGCUCCGGAGCCUCCGGGCCCGGGGGCCGUCCCUUCCUCGGUCCCGGGCUCCCGCUCUCGUGGCCUGGGGGGCAUCGGCUCGGCAGAAGCGCUGGCGGCGCUGGGCGCGGUGGGGCGGCGGCUGCUGUGGCUGCUCCCCGUGUACCUGGCGGGCCGGGCGGGGCUGAGCCUGGGCUUCGUGGUGGCCGGCGUGGCCCUCUACAUGGGCUGGAAGAGCCGGCGGCUGGGCAAGGAGCGGUCGCUGCGGAUGGCUGGGCUGCUGCUGAGCGACGAGGAAGGGGCGGUGAACGCCGUGGGGCUGGGCCAGAACCCGGGGAAGAGCGAUCUGCCCGCGUGGGUAACUUUCCAUGAUGUUGAGAAAGUUGAAUGGCUCAACAAGAUUCUGAUCCAGGCAUGGCCCUUCUUUGGCCAGUACAUGGAGAAACUGCUAGUGGAGAACAUCACGCCAAGCAUCCGGGCCUCCAACAACCAUUUGCAGACCUUCACCUUCAGCAAAGUUGACAUGGGAGCAAAGCCACUCAAAAUCCUUGGAGUGAAGGUUCACACUGGCAUGAACAAGAAGCGGAUCUUGCUGGACCUAACAGUCAGUUAUGUUGGUGACGUUCAGAUUGACGUGGAAGUGAAGAAGUAUUUCUGUAAAGCUGGGGUGAAGGGCAUGCAGCUGCAUGGGAUGCUGCGGGUCAUCCUGGAACCUCUCAUUGGUGAUGUCCCAAUUGUUGGUGCAAUCACUGUGUUUUUCAUUCGCCGGCCAACUCUGGAUAUCAACUGGACUGGAUUUACCAACCUCUUGGACAUCCCUGGGCUGAGCUCAGUUUCUGACACAAUGAUCAUGGACUCCAUUGCCUCUUUCUUGGUUCUGCCCAACCGCUUGCUCAUCCCAUUGAUCCCUGAUCUGCAUGAAGCAGCCGAGCUCCGCUCUCCAGUACCCAGGGGUGUUGUCCGUGUGCAUCUGGUAGAGGCCAAAGACCUGCAGUCUAAGGAUAAAUAUAUCAAAGGGAUGAUUGAGGGCAAGUCAGAUCCAUAUGCUGUUGUGCGUGUGGGCACCCAGGUCUUUACCAGCAAAGUCAUCGAUGAAAAUCUCAACCCCACAUGGAAUGAGAUGUAUGAGUUCAUUGUACAUGAGGUACCAGGACAGGAGCUGGAGGUGGAGCUGUUCGACAAGGACCCUGACCAGGACGACUUCUUGGGCAGGAUGAAGCUGGAUCUUGGGGAGGUGUUCAGGGCUCAUGCGCUAGAGGAGUGGUUCCCCUUGCAAGAUGGUGGCCGGGCACGUGUACAUCUGCGCCUGGAGUGGCUGACACUUAUGUCAGAUUCCUCCAAGCUCGAUCAGGUUCUUCAGAGGAACAAAACUAUCUCCUCCAAGCCAGAGCCUCCAUCAGCUGCCAUCUUGGUUGUCUAUCUGGACAAGGCACAAGAGCUCCCAUUGAAGAAAUCCAGCAAGGAACCCAAUCCUAUAGUACAACUCUCUAUCCAAGACGUCACUCGUGAGAGCAGGGUUGUCUACAACACCGUCUCCCCCGUCUGGGAUGAUGCCUUCCGUUUCUUCCUGCAAAACCCAGCCAAAGAGGAUAUUGAUAUACAGGUCAAAGAUGACAACCGUCAGACUACACUGGGCUCCCUCACUAUCCCCCUAUCCCGCUUGUUGAGUGCCGAUGAGCUGACCCUUGACCAAGGGUUCCAGCUGGAGAACUCUGGACCCAACAGCCGCAUCUACAUGAAACUCAUUAUGCGGGUCUUAUAUCUUGAUGCCCCUGAAGGUUGCUUCACCCCCCGGCCAUGUCCUCCAGGACAUCUGAAUGUUACCGAGAGUGCCUAUGUUGGCAGCAGCGUUGACAAGACUCCUCGGCCUCUCACAGCCAGCCCAGAUGCUCAGUUUGGCACUGAGAAUGUGAUUCGUAUUCAUCUUCUGGAGGCUGAGAACCUCAUUGCCAAGGAUAACUUCAUGGGUGGGAUGAUCAAGGGCAAGUCAGACCCUUAUGUCAAAGUGCGCUUAGGUGGCCUGAAGUUCCGCAGCCGUGUCAUCAAAGAGGAGCUGAAUCCCCGCUGGAGCGAGAUCUAUGAGGUCAUAGUGAAUGAUGUCCCAGGCCAGGAGGUGGAGUUUGAUGUGUAUGACAAAGAUGUUGACAAAGAUGACUUCCUGGGAAGGUGUAAGAUCCCUCUGAGACAAGCACUAGCCUGCAAGUUUGUUGAUGAGUGGCUCCCCUUAGAAGAUGUGAAAUCAGGACGGCUCCACGUGAAGCUGGAGUGCCUGCCACCCAUACCCAGUGCUGCUGAGCUGGAGCAGGUACUGCUGGUGAACAGUUUGAUCCAGACACCAAAGAACGAGGAACUGUCAUCUGCCUUACUGUCUGUCUUCCUUGAUAGGGCAGCUGAGUUGCCACUGAAGAAGGGCUCAAAACCCCCAAACCCAUAUGUCAGUCUCUCUGUCCGUGGCAUCUCUUAUAAGACUAAGGUUGCCUCUCAGACAACAGAUCCAAUGUGGGAUGAAGCUUUCUCCUUCCUUAUUAAGAGGCCCCAUGCAGAGUCUUUGGAACUGCAGGUGAAAGAGGAUGGGCACAUCAUGGGUAUGCUAUCACUUCCACUCUCGCAGUUGCUGGCAGCAGAGGGGCUCGUCCUUGACCAGUGGUUCCCACUCAGUAACUCUGGUGCUGGCAGCCAGAUCCUAAUGCGAGUGCAGCUUGGGCUUCUUGUCUCUCAACACUCUGGUGUGGAGGCCCUGAAUAAUGUGGCAGGCGAAGAGAAUGGAGAGAACUCCCAGAAGGGAUCUGAGACAGAGCUGUGUAUCAGGGAGGAUGGAGACUCUGGUUCCACACAGGAGCUGCGCCAGCGCAUGCCGCAUGCCCACAGCAGCAACUCAGAACUGUCGGACUCACCCCUGGGCCAGCUUCGCCUGACUGUUUGGUACAACAUGGAUGCGCGCAAACUUGUUGCUGUUGUGCAUGCCUGCAGGAACCUAAAGUCAAGCACCAAGGAUUUUCCUGACCUAUAUGUCUCUCUCAUCCUUCUGCCUGACAAAUCCCGUGUUACCAAGAGAAAGACCACUCUCCGAAAGAAGACUCUUAAUCCUGAGUUCAAUGAAAAGUUUGAGUGGGAUAUACCCUUGGAAGAAGCCCACCGAAGGAAGCUGGAGGCUUACAUUAAAAAUGGCGCCUCUUUCAUGUCACGACCAGAGCCAAUUGGAAAGGUGCACCUUGACCUUUCACAGAUGGACCUGACUCAAGGUGCUGCCCAGUGGUACGACUUAAAAGAUGAUAAGAGCAGCACCUAGUUGCCCCAGUGCCUCCUUUCUGAAACUUCACUAUCCAGGGAGUUGAAGAGCUGGCAUGAACAUCUCUACCAUCCUUCACUGCUGGAUUCUAAGCUCACCCCCACCAGACAGGCUUUUCAGUGUUUUGCUUUUAAGCAAUCCUGGCAUUACAUUUUUAGAAUCUUCUUUUCAAUGCGAAGCCAGUAGGGGCUGAGAAGGGACCCAUAGGCGAUCUUUGAAGGAGGUGGGCAGAUUUGCAUCCUGCAUUCACCCUAUGUGCUUCUUUCAACACAGCAAACCACAUUUUGCCUUUUUUCUUGACCAAAGAAGAGAGACUUUUCUUUCAUCCUUCCAUUGAAGACAAAGGUCCUUACAGGCUUGCUGUGAGUUGACUCUUUCAGUAGCCACCAGAGAGUCUACUAAGUGGGCCUUGGGGCUGUGUGUGCUAGCUAGAAAGGUUUAAGAAUACCAACACAGAGGGACCAAAUAUUUCCCCACACUAAUAGUGGGCAAAUAACCAACUGACUUCCUAUGAAACAAAGGGUUCCAUGCCUGAGCAGAGUUGCUGAUAUCCCCAAAGGGGACCAAGUAGCAGCUUUUAUCUAGAAAGGGAACAUUGUUCAGCCUGUGCAAGCAACAGGGAUUUUGACCUAGCCCUCAUGUUAAUAUGGUUUGAAACUGACACUGGGUCAUUUUUGAACCAAAGUUUUAAGAAAGCGGGGGUGCAAUGGCCAAGUACUUUUUAUUUGCAGUGUGUUUUUAUAUUCCCCUCCCCCCUGCAGUUUGUGUGCUCCAUGGCUCUAAUUCUUAUGUAUUUCGCUAAGGCCUCAGUGUUGCAGUGCCCAUGCUCCCAGCAGCAGCUCACUCUGACCUCACUAUCCAUACCUGCUCUUUCUGUUUCUGACUCCUGUAAAAAGAGUUGGUCUGUUUGACUUCUUGUCUCACUGCAUACUGUGCUCUGCUGCCGCUGUCUGCAGUAUUGUAUUUGUGCCAUGUUCAGUUUUGGGGGGAUUUUUAAAGAUGAAUGUUGCCUGGUGCCUUCUUGCACCCAAGUCCUAGAGCUGGCGAGUUGGGUGGAAACCUCUUCCUCCUCACCCUUUUGCACCAAGUUGUAGGACUGUGUGCAUUCUGUAGCAAGGGAAUUCUGAUUUAAAUUCAGAUAUGCAGAUAAUUUAUCUAACUGUAUGUGAAUUCACUUGCAAUACUUAUGUUUUGACUGACUUUGACUAUAUUGUACAAGUUGACUGGAAGGAAACUUAUGGGAGGUUGUGGGGAAAGGAGAUUUGCUUUGAGGAUCCAAAGAUCGCAAUGUUAUUAUGAGGCCAGGGUUGCUUAAACAGUAGGAUCAUCUAGCUGCUAUCAUUGCUUUGCUACAAUCAACUAGAAACAAAAUUGAUGCAGCAGAUCGGCAGAUACUCUAGUGCUAUUUUUCCUCAUAAAAAUCCAGCCAUACCCAUUCUCAAAAUAAAGGUUGUACUAUACACUUAUUCAAGAGGAAGACCCAUAUGUGCAACUGUCCCUUUAAUCAGUAGUUUUUACCUGAUUCUUUCAAAGCAAUCUGUUUUUUGGCUUCUUCCUCUAACUAAUUUAUUCCAGUUCCUGAACUAAUUUUUAAUUGCCUAAUUCCUGCUUCAGAAGGGAGGGGAAUUAGUUACUGGUUUUCUGCAUGCAGCCCAAACAAUUGUUUGAUCCUUUUUCAUUAUUGCACUUGUGCAAUCAUACUAAUAAAAGAAGAAAAAAUAUUGAAUAAUUUCUUUGGCUACACAGAGUUAAUCAGUAAUGAAAGCCCUCCCCCCCAAUAUUGCAGCUAAUGAAGUGAACAGGCUAAUUAUUACUCUGAGAAGCAUCUCUAACACAGGCAAGGAGCCUAGAGAUAGUAGCCCAAAGAAUCCUCAGGAGUGUUUUGUCUUUCCGGCGCAGACAGGCCAAUGCUACAAUAGUGUUUGAUUUAUUUUUUUUUUAAUCGCAAAUCAGGUCUGGGGAAAAAAUGGGAGUUACACUCCCUUGAAAGAGACUCCUUCCAGAGAGCAUGUGGGCAGCAUGGCAUUCUCUUCAUAAGGCUGGAUCCACAAUAAAUGUUCCAUUAGGAACAUGGGAUUUUCCUGCCUCCCUCUUCCCAGUGCAGCCCACUGAUCUCCUCAAAAUGUUGGUCUUGAAGGAUAGUGAACCCUGAGGAGUGACAUGAGGGGGGGGGGUCUGUUGUGGGAAAGGAGAACUGGGAGAAAUUGUCAGUUCUGGGGUUGGAUUCCCUUCUGUGAACUUGAAUACUACAACUCUCUUCUGCUAAUUUUUCCUUCAAGUGAGAAAGACUUCCUCCAGUGGCUUCUACUGAUGGAGAAAAGUCUUUCUUUGCUGAAGGAAGCCUUUCUCUAUUGGAAAAAAAGCUGGGUGAAAGUCAUAGGAUCUAACCCUUACUCUGGAUCCAGUGCAUUGCCUGAAGUACCUGGGCUUUGGUUUAUGAAAGGUUGUUUUUUUUGUCUUUCCAGAUGUUCCAUUUAGUUCUUUGAGACAGACUCUAAUUGUUUUAACAGUUUUUUAAAAAUCAUGCAGAUAAGCCCUCAGGGAACUAAAUCCUGGCCGAUGCCUUGCCAUAGAUUUCUGAGAUGGGUGGACAGGACAUACUUCUGGCCUUUCCAAAGUACAGGAAGGGGAACAAGCAUUUCUCUGCAGUGCUGCCUGACCUGCUGCUGCUGCUGACUCUUUUCCCAUCCUUCACUCCACCACCACAGCUGGAUCUCCAAUUUCCAGCCCCCUCCCCUUUCACUGAUUGUGCUGCCACAGAAGCCAAAACCAUUAUUUGUGAUCUAUUUAUAAAAGAUUUUUAAUUGUUUAUUUCUGUGCAUAUGAGUGUCACAAAUAUAUUUGAGAGAGCAAAACCUGCUUCUUCUCUGGAUCUUGCUCUGCUCCCCCUAGAGCUUGUUGAACUGGAAGCCGGAUGGGGGGCGGGGGGAGAGAUGUGUAUGCCUGAAAGGAGCUUGAUCGCUCUGCUCCCUUCAAUGCCAAACCAGGGCUCCAGUUUGUGCUAUUCUUCAAACAGGCUUUAAUGUAGGAAUGUGUUCCUGGCACUUGUGCCUCUUGUAGCAGCCACUGUUAACUUGUCAUAGCCAAUAAAGAGAAAAGGAAAAUGUG